AUGUCAGCACCCAUCAGAACAAACCCUAAGUCUUCUAUGAAGAUAGAUAACGCACCCACUCCGCACAACACUCCAGCCAGUGUUCUUGCCACUUCAUAUUUAAAGAAUGGUAACCCAGUGAAGAACCAAGCAGCUAGUGCACAUUCCACCAUAAAUGAAGAAUCCGGAGAUGAUUCCAAUGCUGCCGCUAAGGUUAUCAUGGAAAAUGAGCCCUUAUUAUUACAAAGUAUCCAAGAGAAAUUGGGAACUUUGAUAGGGCAAGAUUCUGGUUAUGUGGAAAGCUUACCUCUCGUUGUUAAGGAAAGAUUAUAUGCUUUGAAGAAAUUACAGGAUGAUUUAUUUGUCUUGGAGAAGGACUUCCAAGUGGAAAUGUUUGAACUAGAAAACAAAUUUUUGAAUUUAUAUAAACCUUUGUUUGAGAGGCGUUCCGCUCUUAUCUCUGGUGAUUUGAAUCCCACAGAAGCUGAAAUUGCAAGAGGUAAAGAAAUUGGUCUAGAUGAGGAUGAGGAUGAUGAAGAACAUGAAGAACAUGAACAAGAUGAUGAAGAACAGGAUGUCAAGGGUAUUCCAUCAUUCUGGCUAACUGCCUUGGAAAACUUACCAACUGUCUCUGAAACGAUAACUGAAAGAGAUGUUGAAGUAUUAGACUAUUUAACUGAUAUUAAAUUGGAAUAUUUGACUGAAGGUAGACCAGGUUUCAAACUAAUCUUUAAGUUUGAUCCCUCAAAUACAUUCUUUUCAAAUACCGAAUUGGUAAAGACAUACUACUAUCAAAAUGAAUUAGGUUACUCUGGUGACUUCAUAUAUGAUCAUGCGGAAGGUUGUGAAAUCAAUUGGAAUGGUAAUGAAAAUAAUGUUACCAUCGAAGUUGAUAUAAGAAAACAAAGAAAUAAGACUACAAAGCAAGUGCGUACUAUUGAGAAACUAACGCCAAUUGAAUCAUUUUUCAAUUUCUUUGAUCCUCCACAAAUACCGGAACAUGAACACAAUCAUGCUGAAGGUGAAGAAUGUCAUGAUCAUGAUGAAGACGAAGAUGAACAAGACCCAGAAGAAUUGGCAGCAUUAGAAGCUCGUCUUGCUUUAGAUUAUGCAAUUGGAGAACAAUUGAAGGAUAAAUUGAUCCCAAGAGCUAUUGAUUGGUUUACUGGAGCUGCAAUGGAAUAUGAAUACGAUGAUGAUGAAGAGGAAGAAGAAGACGAAGAUGAUGAUGAAGAUGAUGAAGAUGAUGAGGAUGAUGAAGAAGAGGAAGACGACUUUGCGGCCAAUAAUACAAAGGAACAAGCCCCGGAGUGCAAGCAAUCCUGA